AUGAGGCGUCAGCAAAGAAUACUGAAACCUCAGAAUAGCAACAUUCACCAAGAAGAGCAGCUGUCCCUGAGUCAAGUCCAGCGUACGCCGUCUAAAAAAGGACCAUCCUACCAGCAUGAUUUGGAGUAUUUUACCAAUCACCACUUCUCCCGGUCGUUCAAUUCGUUGAUUCUAGAGGACCUGGACGAUCAGGUCAAGACUCGCCGGCUCAUAAACAAAAGCCCCCCGUUCAAUGUAAAACAAAACGCUUCCAUUCAGGAUACUAUUGAUGAUGUUGCCGACAUAACAAGCGACGACAUCGACGACCACACACAGGAGGAUUUCCUAAACUGCAAUGACCCGGAAUUAGAUUCGCUAUCAGAAGAAGAAGCUGAGAAAUUUACAGCGACUAAGCCGUUAUUGAAGCGGUCUUCCAAAUAUUUCAACUUGUCGAUCGACUCCAAUCUCGUCCCAGACCAUUCCAGCCCACUUUUUAACCAAGAUCUUAAGCUCACGCUGUCUCCACUAGCCGAGAAAGGCACACCUUUCAACAAGUUCAAGAGACCGCAUAAGCUUGUUAGCCAGUCGCCCUCGCCGAGCUCAGGAAGUAAGUUCAAAUUUAUGGUGGGUGCGGUCUCUCCAUCAAAAACAGAGAAAACCUCUAAGAUGUUCAAGAAUUCAAACAAUACGCGUAUUAAGUCGCCUUUAAGAUUGGGAUCACUGUCUUCUGCUUCUUCCCCGGCGGGCAAGGGAUUCAAUAUCAAACGACUCGCUAAGAGCCCUAAUCUACGAUUUAUGGGCUCUUCUUCGCCACUUGCAAACCACGUGUUUGACGAACAAACUGCUAAAGGAUACGACGAAUCUCCUCUGCGUCCUAAGAAACAUAUUGUGUCGAACUUUCGCAUAUAUAACGAUCAGGAUGACCGUGAAUCGAGCAUAAUGAGCAAGGUUACUUCUGAAAAUAACCCGCCUUCCACGUCAGGAUCCUCGAUAUCCGAUUCAAACAAGGAAAACCAGUUCUUACUACCUUCAAAAUCUGCCAAAAAGGCUUCAUAUAAGUUUGUGAAGCCCUUGCAAACUGCAUUUGAGUCUGCGGGGUUGAGGAAGAAGAGUUCACAACCAAAAAUCACGAAAAAGGCACCUCCGGAAACUCCAAUGAAGCGACAACCGCUCAUGAUCAUAUCAAACGAUAAGAACAGACCUCAUGACUCUAAUGACAGCUGCCUCAGCCUUGAUCAUUCUAUCGAGAUCGGUAGAAAUAUAAGCGGAACAUACCUCAACUCAAACGAAUCGAACUCUUCAUUCUUCAAGAUUUCUUCGCUGGCAAAGUCUGACGGAGACAUGAAAUUCGAUUUCACCGAGCCUCUAGACGUAGAUUCGGGGGCUAUUCCAGAAACGCCAACAAAGCUGUCUAGUCGAAGCAAGAAGCUAAAUCUUUUGCUUGAUGAUGUGAAUAUCAAGCCACCCAUACGACUCCCUGGGGGCUCAGAGGUAGAACCUUGCACUCCAAUUCUGCAGUUUCCAACCGACUCGCUCAUCUCGUCUCAGGCAACUUUGAGCUUACCGAAUGCAUCAGGAGAUUAUCUGUGCAAUGACCAAACAAUCUCGCUUCAUCCUCCGGGCCUUGAACGUGACUCGCUCAUGUUGCCAUCAAAGAAGGUUGCACCAAAAGAUCAUUUCGAUGAACGACUCGUCGAAAAGUUUGGGAAGUCAAACAUCAAAUACAUUGGAAGUGGGCAGUUCUCCGUGGCCUUUGAAUGUAAUUUCCAGGACCAAAAAUUUGCAAUAAAACGAAACAAGAAGCCAUUUUCAAGUCAUCACGAAAAGAAAGCAUUGUUACGAGAGAUUGAAGCGUUGAGGGCGCUCACUUCAUUUCACGAAGGAGAAACCGAGGUUGCAGAGGGAAAAGAAAACUUGGUAUUUUUUGUUGAAACCUGGAGUUCCAACAACUAUUACUACAUUAUGACCGAGUUUUGUGAGGGUGGUACAUUAAACGAGUUUUUGGACGACCACCAAAAUUAUAAACUCGACGAGUUUCGAGUCUGGAAAAUCUUGAUCGAAAUCGUAUCUGGGCUCAAGUACAUUCACCUGAAAAACUACUUACAUUUAGAUUUGAAGCCAGCCAAUAUCUUCAUCACCUUCGAUGGGAGUUUGAAGAUUGGUGAUUUUGGUCUUUCGGCAAAACUUCCCAUAUUGGAGGAGGAUUUCGAUUUAGAGGGCGACAGAAACUACAUUGCACCCGAAUUGAUCAAUGACAAAAUUUACACGCCUUACGCUGAUAUUUUCAGUGUGGGGUUGAUCAUCUUGGAAAUUGCAACCAACAUCAUACUUCCAGGAAACGGGACACCCUGGAAAAAGCUCCGAAGCGGUGACUUGAGUGACGCAGGUAAACUCUCCAGCGACAACAUCAGUGAUUUCUUAAACCACAAGAACUUCUCAUCGUUGACAUCGUACAAUUCGUCCCUUCAGUCUAUAAACAUACAAGGGUUGAGCCAAAAUUUGUUAAGUGCGAACAUAUCAAGUGGCUCUCGGUCCAUUCCCGAACAAGGCGCCAGCUCAUACUCAAACAGGAAUAAUGCUGGCCUUUUUGAUAAAACCUCUCAGGGACGGCUAAUUGACAGUGUACGAGAGAUAAUUCCUAAAGGUGCACCGGAAUUUCUUCUAGAUAAUUCCCAUCGCCUAGACGACUUGGUUAGUCUUAUGUUGAAGCCAAAUCCCUUUGAUCGCUUGAGUGCCAAUGAUAUAUUGAUGCGAGAGGAUUGUGCUCAAAUCGAAUCAAGGCGUAAAGCUGGUGCCACUAUUUUUGAGGGAGAGUUUGGCCCUAAUGAUGACUGA